GGCCGUGGGUCUCGAUCAGUUGGCGGUUUGCAUUUGCGCGUUGCAGACGUCUCGCUUUUACUCGCCCGCCCCGAUCUCCCUCGCUCUUUCUCGCACACUCGCAUAUAUCUCGUUCCGGAAUCGGGAUAUAUAGACCUCGAUCCGUACACGUAGCCAGAAUCAAGAAGAUGCGGCUGUGUCUGGUGGCCGUGCUGCUUGUUGUCGCUGGUGUUAAUGGCCAGGGAAAGGAGAAAGAGGAGUUCCAGUGCCCCUCACAUAUUGCCAAUGGCAACUACGCCGAUCCGGCGACCUGUCGUCGCUUUUACCAGUGCGUCGAUGGAUACCCGUAUCUGAACCGCUGCCCAUCCGGACUCUUCUUCGAUGAUCUGCAGAAGUAUUGCACAUUCAAGGAUGAGGCCAAGUGCGGUCCUCUACCAACAACCCCCGCCCCAGCCACGGAUGCGCCGGCAGACACCGCCCAGCGAUGCAACACCGAGGAGUGCGCUCUGCCCUACUGCUUCUGCUCCAAGGACGGCACCCAGAUUCCCGACGACCUGGAGGCCGAAAAGAUCCCCCAAAUUAUUAUGUUGACCUUCGAUGGCGCUGUAAACCUGAAUAACUACCAGCAUUACCAGAAGAUUUUCGACGGCAAGCGCAAGAAUCCCAACGGCUGUCUGAUCCGGGGCACCUUCUUCAUGUCGCACGAGUACAGGUGAGUUGUCAGCUCAGGU